GCGCCUGUGCCUUUCACGCGGUGCGAUAGCAUCAUAUCCGUGUCUCCCCCGUUCCUGGAUCACUUUCUGCCCUGCCUAACUGCAAGAGUGCCAUUUUCACACAGUGGUUCAUAUUCACUGAGACAUUUCCCUUUUGAGUAGUGACUCAGUGAGACCCUACAUUUCACCCCACCAUCCAUGCACUGUCAGCAGCUGCCAAGCAUCUCUGCCGACUGUCGAUAACUGCGCGGGUCGCACCUAAAUAGGUCCUUACUCUUCACACCUUGCACCUCACACCUCAGGCCUUUCGCCAUUAUAUAAACAGAACCCAGUCGCUCUUUUUUAAUCCUUCCUCUCUCAUCUACCUUACCUCUUUUCUUCUUUCCCUCACAACCCUUGAUCCCCCCAACACCGACUUCGCACGCCUUAGUACGAAGCCACUCAUCAUGUCUUUCUUCAAGAAGAUCGCCAAGGAGUUCGAGAACCUUGGUAUUGGCGACAAGGACGAGAAGAAGCAGGAAUCUCAGCAAGGCUAUCCCCAGGGUCAGGAUAACAACCGAGCCUACGGUGACGGCGGCCAACAGUACGGCGCUCCUCCUCCUCAGCAAUACAGCUCCCCUCCCCCUCAACAAUACGGAGCUCCUCCUCCUCAGCAGUACGGAGCUCCUCCUCCUCAGCAGUACGGCGCUCCUCCCCAGCAGUACGGUUCACCUGCUCCUCAGCAGCAAUACGGCGCUCCUCCCCCUCAACCCGCCUAUCAGCCUCCGUCCGAUCGCCCUCCUCUGCCCCACGGUUGGACUGCUCAGUUCGACCAGAACCAGCAGCGAUGGUACUAUGUUGAGACAGCCACUGGCCGCACUCAGUGGGAGGCUCCUGGUCAGGCACCUCCCCCUCCUCCCCCGGAUUCUCGUCCUCCUUACGAGUCUCAACCCUCUGACGGAUCUCGUGGUUACCCUGGUGCUCCUGGUGGAUAUGGUUCUCCAGCUCCUGGCGGCUACGGUGGUGCUCCUGGCUAUGGCGGCUACGCUUCUCCUCCUCCUGGUCAGGGUGGUUACGGAUCUCCUGCUCCAGGCUAUGGUGCCCCCUCGCCUUAUGGCGCUCCUUCUCCCUAUGGCGCUCCCUCUCCUUACGGAGCCCCCGGUCAAUACGGAGCUCCCGCUGAUGGUGAUCGCGGCAACAACCCCUACGGUCAAGGCGAGAAGAAGAAGAGCGGUAGCUCUGGAAUGCUUCUCGGUGCCGCAGGUGGUCUCGCCAUUGGUGCUGUCGGCGGUGCCCUGAUCGCCAACGAGCUUAACGACAGUGACAGCGAUCACGAGCACUCCGCCGCCGCCGCCGCUGCCCCAGCUGCUGCUCCCGCUCCUCAGGUUGUCAACAACUACUACGGAGCUCCUCCCGAGGACCCCUAUGCCGCCGACCCUUACGCGCAAGAUGGUCCUCCUGGCGUUCUUCCUCCUACCGAUGCUGAUGGUGACUCCGUCUCAUCCAGCGACCGAGAAGAUGUCCAAGAGGCCCGUGAAGAGUACGAAGAAGCACUGGCUGCAGCUAAUGACUCAGAUGCCAGCAGUAGUGAUCACGAGAGACUCGAGGAGGCUCGCGAGGAGUACGAAGAAGAGUACGAGGAGGUCUAUGAGGACUAAAUGGUGAAAAACGAGCUAUGAAUAACGACAUGUUUACGUCUAACUGUAACAGCAUUGCUUUGGAGCCGUAAGGGCAAGGAAGAAGGUUGAUGGAUUUGUCUAACUUGUUGAUACCUUAGUACACAGUACAAUACCAGAGCACAUUUCGUACUG